AUGGCUUCUUCUUCCUUUAUGCGGUCUCUUCUCCUCUUUCAUCUCUUCUUCUCCCUCCUAUACCCCCUUUCCUCUACUGCACAUCUCUACAAACUCACCACCGGCGUCGGAUCAAAGCUUCUCUCACACCCAAAACCCCUCAAAAACCCCUCUCCAACAAGGUUUUUUGAAGUCACCAAACCAAUAAAAGUCCCAAAAACCAAGCCAUGUUCAUCUCUUGUUCUGCAACAUGACUUUGCAUCCACAUAUGGGAAGCCCCCAGUGAUUGUCCCCUACUCUCCUCCUUCCCAUUGCCCAUCGCAGAACUUCUCCAAGAUUGUAUUGGAAUGGACUGCAACCUGUAAAGGAAGGCAGUUUGAUAGAAUUUUUGGUGUCUGGCUUGAUGGGGUUGAGCUUCUCAGGAGCUGUACUGCAGAGCCUAAAGCAACUGGGAUUGUUUGGACUGUUGAGAAGGACAUAACCAGGUAUUCUUCACUGCUCUUGAAGAGCCAGACUAGUCAGACUCAGACUCUUGCUGUCUACAUGGGGAAUAUUGUUGAUGAAACCUAUACAGGAGUCUACCAUGUGAAUCUCUCUUUUCAUUUUUAUCCUGCUGAUGAUUCCAACUUUCUGAAGUCUGGGUAUGGUUCUAGGCCUGAUUUGAUCUUACCCAUCUCUAGAAACCUCCCUCUGAAUGAUGGGUUGUGGUUUGAAAUCCAGAACCAGACUCAUGUGGAGGGGAAGGAGUUCAUAAUCCCAAAGAAUGCAUAUAGGGCUGUGUUGGAGGUUUAUGUCUCAUUCCAUGAGAAUGAUGAGUUUUGGUACUUGAAUCCUCCAAAUGAUUAUAUUGAUGUGAACAAUCUCACUGGUUCUAUACCUGGAAAUUCUGCCUUCAGGGAGGUUUUGGUGAGUCUUGAUGGUGAGCUAGUUGGUGCUGUUUGGCCUUUCACAGUGAUCCACACUGGUGGGGUGAAUCCCCUCCUUUGGAGGCCAAUUUCUGCAAUUGGGUCAUUCAAUCUUCCAAGCUAUGAUAUUGAAAUCACUCCAUUUUUGGGGAAUUUGUUGGAUGGGAAGAGCCAUGGAUUAGGGUUUAGUGUCACAAAUGCUUUGAAUGCGUGGUUUAUAGAUGCAAAUUUACAUCUUUGGUUGGAUAACAGGAGCAAGAGGACUCAAGGGAAGCUUUUAGGGCACAACUCGAAGUCUUCUUCCUCAAUUUCAACAUUGUCUAUGGAAGGCUUAAAUGCAUCAUUUUUGAUACAUUCUACUAGGUCUAUAGCCUCCCAUGGAUGGGUCAAGUCCUCCCAUGGGAAGAUGACAACAAAGACAACCCAAGAUUUCAACUUUAUGAACAAGAUGGAUAUCUCAAAAAAUGGCAAUUUGCAGAUCGUGAAUCAGAAAAUCCAAGUUACAAACGAUCUUCAUACUACAUUGCCUUCUUCUUCAACCUAUGUUGUCAAAUCUACUAAAACCUUUCCCUUGUACUUAUACUAUGACAUUAUCAAUCAAGGGAAUGGAAGCUUCGUAGCGAAAUCAAAAAUAAAAUUGGGGUUCAAUGAGAAGAGGUCUAAGAAGCUUGGAUCCACUUCAUCGAAAAUUGCUUUAAAAAAUUUGCAAAAGGGACGAGGUGACAUGCAUGUUGAAGGCAACUUGGUCACCAAUGGAACGGCGGCUACUAGUCAAGUAUACGAGUACGUUGAUCCUAAAGGUUGCUACUCUAGAAAUGUUAGUAGCUCAAAUGGCACAAUUUUGUAUGAUGAAGCAAGCAAUUCUUGUAGCAUAAGGGUAAGAUCUAUAGAACUUGAAUGA